AUGAUACCGGCCGCUCUCUCCGGCCAAGCAGCAGAGCGUUCACCUAGCAGCAAACGCGAACUGGCGGCUGCCGCUUCUUCCUAUCCAGACUGGAAAUUCUUUGCAGCCAGCUACAGAAAUAGCAGCGAGGCCGCCGUCCCCGCCCUCCCGCCCCGGCUUGCAGCAGGCGGAGGGGCCCCAACGCCCGUGUGUGUGCGGAGAGGAGCAGAAGCUCCACCAAAACUGGAAGAAAAUCCUGCUGAAGCGUUCACUGAUUCAUCUCUCUUUGCUCACUGGGGCCAGGAUCUCAGUCCUGAAAAUAGACGUAUCGCACUUAAACAAUUCCAGUAUUAUGGCUACAAUGCUUACCUGAGCGAUCGCUUGCCACUGGACAGGCCCUUGCCUGACCUUAGACCUAAUGGGUGCAGAAACCUUACAUUUCCUGACAGGCUUCCUGAGGUCAGCAUUGUAUUCAUAUUUGUCAAUGAAGCUCUCUCUGUGAUUCUGCGAUCCAUUCAUUCAGCCAUUGACCGGACUCCUGCUCACCUGCUCAAAGAGAUUAUUUUAGUUGAUGAUAACAGUAGUAAUGAAGAACUCAAGGAGAAACUGAAGAAGUAUGUUGAUGAAGUGAACGCCCGUAAGCCUGGUUUCAUCAAGGUUGUUCGACACAGCAAACAAGAGGGGCUGAUUCGAUCUCGAGUUAGUGGAUGGAGAGUAGCCACAGCACCAGUAGUCGCUCUCUUUGAUGCUCAUGUGGAAUUCAAUGUGGGAUGGGCUGAACCAGUGCUCACUAGGAUAAAAGAAGACAGAAAAAGAGUAAUUUCUCCAUCAUUUGAUAACAUUAAGUAUGAUAAUUUUGAAAUAGAGGAGUAUCCCCUCUCAGCGCAGGGUUUUGACUGGGAGCUGUGGUGCCGAUAUCUGAACCCUCCUAAAUCAUGGUGGAAACUGGAGAACACAACUGCUCCAAUAAGAAGUCCUGCAUUGAUUGGAUGCUUCAUAGUAGAUAGAGAAUAUUUCCAAGAGAUUGGCUUAUUGGAUGAAGGCAUGGAAGUAUACGGAGGAGAAAAUGUGGAGCUUGGAAUCAGGGUAUGGCAGUGUGGAGGAACUGUUGAGGUUCUACCUUGCUCCAGGAUUGCCCACAUUGAAAGAGCACAUAAACCAUACACAGAAGACCUAACUGCUCAUGUCCGGAGAAAUGCACUAAGGGUGGCUGAAGUCUGGAUGGAUGAAUUUAAGAGCCAUGUCUAUAUGGCAUGGAACAUACCCCAGGAGGACUCUGGAAUUGAUAUUGGUGAUAUUUCUGAGAGGAAGGCCUUGAGGAAAAAGCUCCAGUGCAAGACCUUUAGGUGGUAUCUUGUCAGCGUGUAUCCAGAAAUGAGAAUGUAUUCAGAUACUGUCGCCUAUGGGGUGCUGCAGAAUUCCCUGAAAAGUGAUUUGUGCCUUGAUCAAGGGCCAGACACGGAGAAUAUCCCAAUCAUGUAUAUUUGCCAUGGAAUGACACCACAGAAUGUUUAUUACACAAGCAAUCAGCAGCUCCAUGUGGGUGUUCUGAGUCCCACUAUCGACGAUGAUGACAACAGAUGCCUGGUGGACGUGAACAGCAGGCCCAGGCUCAUUGAAUGCAAUUAUGCCAAAGCCAAGAGAAUGAAGCUUUACUGGCAGUUUACUCAGGGAGGUCCAAUCCAGAAUCGAAAAUCCAAGCGUUGCCUGGAAUUGCAGGAAAACAAUGAAAAUGAAUUUGGAUUUCAACUCAUCCUUCAGAAAUGCACUGGACAACGCUGGUCUAUAACAAAUGUCCUGAAAAGCUUGUCAUCAUAGCAGACUCAAUUUUUACCCAUUUCUUUUGCUACUGUGUAGCAAAUAUUGCAUUGUUGCCUGCUGUACUAUAUUCCUCUCACCCCUCACUGCCCUCCACUUCCUUCUCUCCUCUUUUUUGUCCCUUUGAUUUUAUUUUGUGAGUGUGUGGAAAUUGGGUUUGUGGGCUGAAAAUAAGACAUUUUUAUUUCACAAUGGUGUUUUCAUGGCAUUUAUAGAGAUGCUGAAUGACAGGUGAUGGGUAGGCUAUCCUAAAAUAUUUUACAAUUGUAAAUAGGAAACAAAUGGAGAAUAUUUAUAACUCAAACUUUUAUUGAAUAAAAAAGUCCAAA